CUCAAGGGCAACCUCGGCCUGACUGAACUCACAGACUGAUUCAAAGCAUUUCCAACCGGAUCCUUCCGUUACUACCGGCACUUGCGUGCCUUUGCAUUCACACUUUCGUAAUGUUGGCGAUGCCUCGCGUGGAGGGAUUCAUGCCCAACUUUAUGGGCACUCCUGCGCUUGCACUUGGCGGGGCGGACUGGCGUCUCGCGCUCACUGUGGCUGCCGCCGUGCUGCUGGCCCUCUUCGGGGGCGGGCACCUUCGAGGUAGCGGUGGCGAUCCUGGCGGUGGCGCGGACGGUCUGGGUGCACACCCAGCCGCUCAAGGCGGGCAAGGGCAAGGCCGAGGCUGGCGAGGUGGCGUCCUGCCAGGCGGGCGCCGUGCAGAGCACCACGGGCUUCUGCCGCCGCCCCCCCGGAAAGGGCAGCGGGGGCUCCAGCAGGGGCGCGCCGCAGCGCGGCCCGUCCCACCCGGAGGGCGGCCUUGGCCAAGUCCCUCGGCCUCUGUCGCCGGCGGCGGCGGCGCAGGUGCGAGCGGAUGCCAGGGAGAGGCGCCAGGCGGAGAGCAGCCGCCGCCCCGCUCAGCGUCUGCCCUUGGGGGCGAUCGCCCUGUCGCCUGGGCAUCGCUCGGACGUGUGCGUUUUUCC